AAAAAGAAUGGAAUCCAGUGUAUAUUGUAUUGUAAAGAUGGUGUUUUUGUAUGUUAUUUGAUAAAAACUUGCAUUAAAACAUGCAAGACCAUUGUGAAAAUGAAAAAGAAGAUGGCAGUGCACCACCAUCAGAAAUCAUUUGUGCUGGGUGCCUCAAUGCAGUUGAUGAUGAAGAAUUUGUGUCAGCUCUUGGUCAAGAGUGGCAUAUGGAGUGUUUCAGGUGCUCUGCUUGUGAUGCCUCAUUAUCAAACUGGUAUUUCGAGAAGGAUGGUUUACUGUUUUGUAAAGAUGAUUACUGGGCCAGAUAUGGAGAAUCUUGUCAGCAGUGUAGCCAGAUUAUCACAGGUCCCGUUAUGGUAGCAGGAGAACAUAAGUUCCAUCCUGAGUGCUUCUGCUGUGGCUCAUGUAGUGCUUUUAUUGGAGAUGGGGAUUCCUACGCUCUUGUUGAACGAUCAAAAUUAUAUUGCGGCCAAUGUUACAAACGUCAGAUGCAACCACUGCAGAAAACCGCAGGGUUUCCGUUUGCCAGAAAACCACAUUCUAUUAGGCUAGUGGAGAUUCCAGGUGGUCAAAAAGGUAUAAAAUUGUCCAAAAAUGCCUUGCAUCCCGACUGUAAUACACAAUGUUUCACAAUAUCUGAGUUUUUAUGGAAAAUACAUGGAAAGUUGCUCCAAGUGGCUUUCACAUUUCUAACAUCCGCUUUUAACAUAUGCUGCUAUUUUUUACCCCCUUAUAGGUUGGACGUCAACAACGAUUUGAUGUCGUUGCAUAUUGGUGAUAAAAUAUUAGAAAUAAAUGGUAUGCCAGUUAAAGAUACCUCGUUGGAAAACGUAGAAAACCUAUUGAGAUAUUCAGACACAGUAUUGCAGUUAACCAUAGAACACGAUCCAGAAACCAUAUCUCGAAAUCUCGCCAAAUUUACCGCAUUAAGACAUUCCAACAUACCUCUAACUACAACCGCCAGUGACACCAACAUUCCCAGUAUAAAAAGCGUUCCAGAUAAUGUUAUAUGUUCCGGAUCGACUGAUUCCCUCAACGGAGAUCAUAAAUCGGACUUUUUUAACAUUCCGACGAUUCAGCAACCAUGCGAAACCCUUGACAAACCGAACAACAACGGGAUCAACAAAGAAAGACUGUUUAAAAGGAAAGAUGAAGGUUAUAUGAGCGGGACGAGGUCCAGGCAAUUGAGGAGGAAGAAUAACUUGUCGGAUAACCAAUGUUUGGAUAAGGAAAGGAGCUCGUCGCUGAGCAGGCUUUUGGAUGAAUCUCCAAAUUCUAAAAGAUGUUUAGAAUUGUCACGUGCCUACUCAUUUUUGGAGCCUAGACCUCAACAGCGAGUAUUCCGAGCGUCAGAUUUGGUUAAAGGAGAACUUCUAGGACAAGGGUUCUUCGGUCAAGUGUACAAAGUAACUACCAGAGAUACCGAGGAGGUGAUGGUGCUGAAGGAGUUGUACAGGGUGGAUGAAGAGGCUCAAAAGAAUUUCCUUAAAGAGGUUGCAGUAUUAAGAAGUCUUAACCACAACAACGUCCUUCGUUUUAUCGGCGUCUUAUACAAAGAAAAACGUCUUCAUUUAGUGACUGAGUACAUUUCUGGAGGAACCCUGACAGAAUUGUUGCACGAUUCCUGCCAACCUCUCCCAUGGGAACAAAGAGUGUCCUUCGCCAAAGAUAUAGCUUCCGGAAUGGCCUAUCUGCAUUCCAUGAAUAUUAUUCAUAGAGAUCUCAAUUCUCACAACUGUCUAGUUAGAGACGACAAAACUGUGAUUGUAGCCGAUUUCGGUCUUGCCAGAAUCAUUUCACAUGCAACGAACAGUACGAGAAAGGUGUCUCCGAAGAAUCCGACGGGAUGUAAACGACAGGAACGCAAAAAAACGGUACACGGUGGUAGGAAAUCCUUACUGGAUGGCUCCAGAAAUGAUGAAAGGAAACAAAUACGACGAAAAGGUCGACAUCUUUAGUUUUGGAAUUAUUUUGUGUGAAAUUAUAGGAAGAAUCCAAGCCGAUCCAGACUUUAUGCCGAGAUCGAAUGAUUUCGGUUUGAACCAAAUGGCCUUCAAGGAAAAAUUUUGUUCAUCCUGUCCUGAACCUUUUUACAAAAUUGCAUUUUUGAGUACGGACAUUAAUCCCGAUAAAAGGCCGCCUUUCGAAGUAAUGGAGGUGUGGCUCGAAUCUCUUUCGAUGCAUUUGUCCGUGGGCAUGGCUCUGCCUCCCGACCUCCUCUUCGACAUCCAGCAUUACCGAGGGUUGAGUCCUAGCUCUUCCGGAAGCACCACUCCCGAGGGCAUACCGUCCGGCCACCGCAGCCCUGCUCUAGAACCCAUCUGCGAAGGAAAAAUGGCCAAUACGAAGAGGAGCUCCGAGAAAAUUUUCUCCGAUUGUAAAGGCGUUGACAAGAGUAGAAGUUCCGAGAGAAUCUGUGGUGAAGUGAGACUGGGAGAUGGUACUAGUAAAAGUAAGAGUUCGGAGAAGAUCUAUAAGAGUAGCGAAAACUUGAAGCCUAUUAUAAAAGUGUCCUCUGCGGAAAAUAUCAAGCCUGUGAUCAAAGUGUCUAGUUGCGAAGGAUUAGCAGAAAAAUCUCGCGAUACCGUGGACUUCUUGUCAAAACCUCCAGAGAACCUAAUUCUGUCCGACUUGGAGAAGGAUUUCCCAAACUACGAGAACAUAGAUUUCCUCAAAAACGACGUUGCCUACUUGGGAGACCAUGAAAAACACAUAGCCAUACAAAAACUCGAAUCCGAACCCAUAAAAUGUGAUAAAACUAUCAGCCCUACUACCGAUAAUAAUCUGAGAGAAAACGUAUCUCCCCACCUGCGGAAAAUUCCGAAAAACUUCACCAGAAAUCGCUUGGUGAAGGAAAUGAAGGAAAAUCAAGCUAGAGAAGAUAAGAUCAAGUUAAAAAGUUUCGAUGCUGACCACAAUAUCAAAGUUUCUAAUCUAAAUUUGAACAGCAUUGGCUUGAAAACUAGCCAACCGUCGCAGGUUACUGAAAAAUUCGUCAGUAACUUGAAAAAUGUAAAUUUAAAAGAAAAUCCAACGUUUCAGCGGUCUAUAAGUGAGACCAGCCCAAGUCCUGAAAGAAGACAUGAGUUUAGGUCGAGUUUAAGCCGCCGGAGGUAUACUAAAGACUCUGAUAACUCCAAUUUUCUGAAAAGAACUCCAAUUUUGAAAAGACGUUCACCCGCUAAAGCUGAUAACUUAAUUUCUGAUAAUCCGGCGUCUCCAGACCGAAUAGAGUCAUUAGAAAAAACUUCCCUUAAUCUAGAAUGUAAAGACAAAUCCUUGAACGUGCUCGACAAACCUUCCUUAUUAUCAAAACUGACUCCCAGCCUCCAAAGACGAACAGGUUUCCUAAAUUUAGAAGAUUCCUCGGGAAACGUUAGUAAAAAACCUUUUUUAGUCGCAGCAUCUUCCGGUAGUAUAGUAAGAAAUAUGGUAGAUAGUCUGAACAGGAAAGGUGGCUUGGGAUUCGGGAACAGAACCAGUUUCGGCAGAUGCUCUCUAAAUUUAUCCGGAUCUUCUAAAGUUAAUCUCAAGAAAGUGGGAAGGAGCCCCAGCCCUCCCGAGGAGUACACAGUGCUGUGAUUGGGUAUAUUUUUUCUUAGAAUAGUAAUCGAAUAUUAUUGCGGAUUUUUGUGUUGAUGGCUGUGCCAGUUGGGAAGUUUGAAAUGAAAUUUUCACUUUUUCAUGUGUCAAAUUAUAGUAUCUUUCAAGAUAUGCAAUAUAUAUAUAUAUAUAUAUAUAUAUAUAUAUAUAUUAUAUAUAUAUAUAUAUAUAUAUAUAUAUACCUAUACUGAGACAAUCACUUUAAACAUAAUAUAGAGGGACAGGCUUGUCUAUUUAAGUCGCCAAUCAAAUCGUGCUAGUUCCUUUGUAUUAGAACUCACUCUAGUAAAGUAUUUAUUUGUUCUUAUUAUCUCUCUAUCUAAUAUUUCUUCUCCACUCUGUUGAAGCAACGCCGUGUGUGCGUUUUAUUGCAAACGUAAAAAUUGUUGCAACACUUAAUCUUUGUUCUUGUUGGCUGAAUAGCUUAGUUUCACUGACAGAUUCGCUUUAAAGUGAGUGGUUUACUAGAAUCAUUGGCUUAGCCUCCUACUAUCCAUAUUAAUAUAUAGAAAAAUGCAGUAAUAUAUUUUGUAAAUUUGCGAAUGAAUCGAGUCAGUCGAUGGAUGAGUAAAUGGUGUGAUGAGAUAGGACCUCGCGACACAGUGACGCUCAUUCACUGAUCCCCACUCGGGAGUACUUACGGCAAGUGAUGAUUUUCGAGGUAUCGUUGUUAUAAUGAUGAUUGGGCACAUUGCUCGCUGUUUUUUGCUGGUCAUUGAUCCAUUAGCGCCAAUAGCGGAAGAAUAUGUAACGCGGAUUAAUUUGACGAAACUAGCAGAGACGGUUUUGUAAAGAUUUACGUCAGAUCUCCAUGUUUUGUGUAUCUUAAUCCACUUAUCGUUUUUGUUGUUUUAAUCUGGACGUAUUACGAUCUCAAUAGCUUCUCGUGCUAUUCGAGUUUUAAAAAAUGAAGAAUGAGAGGUAUAGAGUUAGGAUUUUUAAACACUACUUUAAGACAUGCAUAUAGUGAUGCCGUGGUAUGGAGAAAAGUGACAAAACAUCGUCUUGGUCGGGUCUUGUCUGAAAACAUUGCAUUUUUUAAUAGUUGUACAUUACUAGACUCAGUUCUGCUUGAUAAAAGAUUGCUUGAUUAACCGUUUCUUGAAAAAUACUAUAAUCCUACCGGUAAAAUUUUAAUAAAAUGUCCAAAAUUCUAAGGUUUACUAGUUGUUUCGAUACUUUUUUACUUUGUUGACGUUAAAAAAAAAACGUAUAUAGCGAUCUAGGACUCAAAUAAAUAAUAAAGUAAUGCGAUUUAU